AAUAAACCGCAUGUGCACACACCCUUAACCUGCGCACUGAACAAAUUAAAUGCCCUCAGAAAAAUACGAGGAAGCUCUCGAAGGGACAGCAAUGGCAGUGAACAAUGACGAUGGAGAAGAAAGAAGAAAUCUUUAGCGACUUCAAUUUCGCUCCGUCAAAUCACGCUGUUAAUUCCAAUUCCACCAUGAUCAAAGGCUCAGAUUUCACGAAUACCAAUGAUGCUGAUGAUGAUUGGGGAGAUUUCAAUUUUGUCAGCAGCAAUUCCAGUGGAUUCAGCCACACCUUAUCACUGCCCAAAAUCUCAACUACCCAUUUUGAAUUCUCUACCAAAAAUCAAAAUUCGGCCGAGUCACUGACUCAGCCUGGAUCGGCACCGAUUCGAGUUAAUAAUUCGGCUCAGUGGAAGAAGCCAAAUGGAGCUUUGCCUCUUUCGUUGUUUGGAGAAAUUGAAGAGGAGGAGGAGGAGGAAGGAUCAGGUGCGGGCGAGCCUCCAAAAAAUGGAAGUGUUCAUUUUUCGAAAAAUAAAGAGGGGUCAGGAGGUGUUAAUGUGAUUGAUUUGAUAGCUAAUUUGUAUAAAGAGAAGGAGAGGAAUAAUGGGUUCAGAUCCGGCUUUAAUGGCUCGGAUAUGAAUUGGGAAAAUUUGAAUGGUGAUGGAUUGAAUGUCAAUGGUGUAAAUAAGGAUGAAAUGAAUUCCAAGGGGUUGGAUUUGGAUUUGAAGGAAAAUGGGUUGAAUUCAAAUAAAACCGAGUCGAAUUUGGUUAAAAAAGAUAAGAAUUUCAGUGGAAAUGGAGUGGAUUUGGGAUUGGUUAAUGGUAAUGAGCCAUUCGAUGUUAAUGGUGGCGGUGGCGGUGGCGGUGGUGGUGAUGAUGAUGAUGAUGAUGGUUGGGAAUUUAAAGGUGCAGACACUACAACUGAUGCGGAGGUUGAUAUUUCUAAGGCUAGCGAAAUGAAGGCUGAGAAUGGGUUGGUGUCUAAUGUUAAUGGAUUAAAUUCAAGAUGGAAUCCUUUAAGCUUGGAUUUGAAUGGAUGGACCUCGCAUGUCAAUAGAGAUGACUCAAGUUGGGAUUGGUUGAAUACGGGUACGGUUGAUGGAAAUACAGCACCUGGUAACAGUGAUGGCUGGGAGUUCAAAGAAACAGGUUCCAGAAUGCAGGCUGAAGAUGAGAAAGAGAAGGGUGAGCAGAUGAAAGCUGAAAUCCAGCCAAUAUUGAGUUUUGAUGGAUCCAAUUCAACCUGGAAUUCUUUGAGUUUUGAUGGAUCCAAUUCAACCUGGAAUUCAUUGAGUUUGGAUGGACUCAAGAAUUCAAACUUAAAUGAAGUGAAUUCAUGUAGAAAACAGAUGAAUCUGAAUUCAUCUGAUGAAAAUGAGGAUUUUGAUGGCAAUGAUGAGUGGGAAUUCAAGGCAGCAGAAUCAGAAUCUGGGACUGGUGACAAGAAUACUAAGGGUGAUGAGAGAAAGGUGGAAAAUCCUGAGGGAACCACACAUGCACUUGGGUUUGGCAGUGGAGUGAUUGGUACUGGUUAUUUAUUUGGUGCAUCACAACAGACCUCCAAAAAAUCUACUGGACGGGACUUUGGGUUUGAUUUCAGCACCUCUUUGGCUCAAGACACUAAAAUGUUCCAUACACACACUAAAAAUGAGCAGAACGAUACCAAAAAAGUCUCGCAUUCCUCCCCAGAUGAUGGUGUUGAUUCUGAUGAGGAGUCUUGGGAAUUUAAAGAUGCAUUUUCGGAAACUAGAUCAAAGGAAAAGGAAGAGCCAAAGGUUGUUGAAGUUUCUGCUGUUGUGGAAGCAUUUCCAUUUGAUGGUGAAAUUAAGGGAAACAUGACCAGGUCAAUCAGUCAUAAAGGAGCCCUGCCCUUGUCCAUUUUUGGUGAUGAAGAACAGGAUUCCAAUGAUCCUGUGAGUUAUCAAGACAUUUCACCUCAGCUGUCCAAUUUGAAGCCAAUAGAUGGCGUUAAGAGUCCUCAUUUAAACAUUUCUAUCAACGAUCUUAUAUCAAGUUUAUACAGUCAAGCUGAGCAUGAUACUGCUGUUAAUCAUGGUCAAAAUCCCAGUGGAAGUGGAUUGAGCCCUGCCAAUGUUGUAAUAGAGUCUAAUCUAGCAGGCGAUAGCGAUGAUUUUGAUGACGAUUCCUGGGAAUUUAAAGAUGCCUCUUCAGGGAUCAGAGCUGAAGAUCAGGCCUCUUUUAGUGGUCUUGGAGAGCCUAAUACAAAAUAUUCCACCAAAAUAGAGCUAAAUGAUUAUGUUGAUUUUUUUUGCAAAUUGAAGGAAGAAUUACACUUUCUUGCCCUGUGUCAUCUUGAUAAUCUAAAGAAAGCUCAAAGUGCUGCUAGUGAAGAUGCUGAAGUGAAAGCCCUUGUAAAGGAAAUACAGAAUCUUCAUGAUGAACUGCAGCAAGAUGGUUUGUUUUCUGGUGAAGUUGACACAGGGAAUCACUCCCCAAGAAAAUUGUGCCUCAAUGCAUUUGUUGAGGUUUUGCAAGAACCAAAGUUCCAAGUGUUUGAAUCAGAAUAUCAGUUGACAAGUAAAUUGUCAUUAGUUGAGAAUGAUAUGGGAUUGACCAUGGAACUCCUCAAACAUGUGACAUCAACAAUAAAGAUUUUGACGUUGGUAUCAAGGAAGGAACAAUCUAGUUAUGUUUCCACUUGGUCUGAAAUCCUGUUUGUUUGUGCUCGAGAGCUGAAACAUGGUGCCUUAAUUUGGACGCAGUCAUUACAAAAAGAUGUCCAUGAUCAAAUAUUAUCUAAACCUCAAGGCAAGAACUAUAUUGUUGCCCUUGGAGAAAUAUAUAGAGUUGUUGAAGUUAUUGGGUCCUCGGCCAGACUUUAUAAGCCAUGGUUAUUAGUGAGCUCUACAAAUCCCAUGGUCUUGCUCACUCUUCUAAGUGAGUGUUUCACCAUAUGGUCAAGUUCUGGACUUGAAGAAGCUCUGCAAAGCAUUUCUGAUCCAGCUGGUCUUUAUUAUAAUGGAGGUCUCACUACACUACUUGAAUCGAUUAAGUAUAUUCACGAUCUUGAUACUCGUACGCUAUAUAACCAUGUUUUCUGUGGACAAGGUCCUAUCUGUCAACUGUCAGUUUUAACUGCAGGAAUAGUGCCAGGGAUGAAAACAGUGGUGUGGAAUGGGGAGCACUACUUUCUCACGCUUGCUAAUUUGUGGGCAAACUUAGUAAGCUGCAACCCUCCAAAUUUGCCACAGAUACAUGUUGGAUGAUGAGGUUGGAAGGAUGAGUUGAAAAUGUUCACUACCAGCUUUUUGGCCGGGAAUGUAGUUGUCUAAUUGAGUCCAAGUGUUUUGUUCAUGAUGAGGCUUCUAGGGCAUAAGCCACAGUUGCACUGUCACAAGGACACCACUCGGGGAAGAAAAGAUCCAAACGGUGCCUCCUUGAAACUCGAUCUGAUAUUCAGGUACCAAGCCAACAUCUUUAUUGGUUGCCAUUCUUUACAUCAAGGCUCUAGCUAAGCAAUAGUUGUUUUGGUGUGUUAUUUAGUUGUGAAAUGGGUGGAUCAUACAACACCCAUAUACCUAGAAAUAGGAUUUUGGCAUGUAUACGUAUAUAAUAAUUUGUUUCUCUAGAUCCACCUCCCAUUCUACCUUUUUCAUGUUGUAUUACGGGUUCAGUCAUAGUGCUUGUUGUUGAGCGCUACAUUCUUUCAAGUGACCAGAGACAAUUUUUUAGUCAAUUAAUAAAGUGCAUCAAUUUUAUUGUAUAAAAAAAAA